GAUCCCUGAUGACAAAAAAUACAAUAUACAUAAACAAUUGAAAUAUUUCUAACUGUUAAUCAAUAAAAUGGGCCGAAUUCUCCUCGCAACAUUAAUUAUCACAUCAAGUAAUUAACUCUAUUUGACACUAACAGCUGCGCAGUAGAAUCUGAAUAAUCUGAUCUUACGACUGUGGAAAGAACUGUUAGUAGGGAUUAAAUUAAGAUAUAUUAAGAGUAGAGAAGGUGACUAAUAGUAGAGUAGACACAACACUCCCCGGUGUGGUAGAGGCUCACAGGUGCACGUCGGCCACAAACCAAAAUAGCCGCCGGGCCGCAGCUCACUAACAACGAUGGCAGUUUUUGGUGUGCAGUUGGUGGUGACGAUGGUGACGGCCAGUGUGCUGUCUCGCAUCACACCGCAUUACUCAUUAGCACGGUGGUUGCUCUGUGGCACAGGACUUAUAUACUAUCUACACCCUACUGAUGAGGAGCUGCGGUCCCUGGCAGGUGUUCCUAAAGAUAAGGGCAAAAAAGGUAAAGGGGGAGGCAAAGGGAAUAGCAAAGGAGGAGGAACGGCUGAAGAUGAUGGGACAUUUACAGUACCUCGUACUCUAGACCUUACCCUGGAAACAUCACGUAUGGUCCCGGGUGAGGUGAUGCAACUCAAGUUUUACACGGAGUACCAGUGGCUCCUUGACUUCUCUCUCUGCUCGGCAAUAGUUUAUAUUAUUACAGAGAUUUUUAUGGCAGUGGCUCCCCCUAAAGCUGAGGUGAACCUGAGUAUGUUGUGGUGUCUACUGGCUGUUGGCUUUUCAUUUAAAAUCAUGUUCUCCCUCUCAAUGCUGUAUUUCCGAGGAGAAGACUCUGGUGGGGAAAAGGCUAUGGUUGUCCUCUCCUUCUUCACUUACCUCCUCAUAGCCCUGGGCAUGUUGAUCCUCGAUGAGAGCAAGUUGGAGUUGGGCCUUGACUUGGCAUACUCAUCAUUCAAUUCUAGUGCUGCAGCAUUCCUCAAGGCACAAGGCUUGCCAUCAGACGGUCCAGCAUCUAAGGUGACAUUUAAGAUCAUCCUUGCUGUGUUGUGUGCGUUGAUUGGCGCCUUCUUCACGUUCCCUGGACUCAGAUUAGGCAAGAUGCACUGGGACUCUCUAAGGUACUGCACUGAGAAUAAGGUCCUGAGACUGUUCUUCCAUAUUAGUUUUAUUGCCCCACUGUUCCUGGUGACAAUGUGGAUCAAGCCGAUCUCAAGACGGUACUUCACAGAAUACACUUGGCCAGGUCGUAGCCAUCCCUUCAUGAGCUCAGACAUGUUUGACAUUGUGCGCAUUAUACUGAUCUUACUGGUGAGUGUAGUGAGGUUGGGCCUGAUGCCUUACUACCUGCAGUCUUACCUCAACCUUGCCUAUGAGAAGAUUGAGGCUCAGAAGAAAGAGUCUGGCCGCAUCACCAACAAGGAACUUCAAAAGAAGAUAGCCCGGGUGUUUUAUUACCUGUGUGUCGUGACCCUUCAGUACGUCGCUCCGAUAAUUCUCUGCCUCUUCCUCUCCCUCAUGUUUAAAACACUAGGAGGACUCAGCUGGGGAGCAUUACUGGGGAGAGCCAUUGAGCCAGAGGAGUGUGGGUUGACCCCAGACUCUGAAGGUGAGGCAGCAACAACUAUUCCCACCCUGCAGGAUGCUCAGACUGUCAUGGAAGCCACAAAAAUACUCACUCUAGGAAUGGAGGAGCUGAAGAAGGUUUUCACCACAGAGUUCUACCGUGGUGUGUUAGGGUUCACAACAUGGUGGUGCGUCUUCUCGUGGUUCCUCUCUGGCACGUUUGGUGUCGCAUACCAAUCAUAUUUUACAAAGGCAUAAAAAGAAGUAUUUAUUGAUUGUGUAUCUCUUACACUGAAUGUAAGAAGCAUUUUACGGAGAGUACCUAUGUCAUGCUUUGUGUAUCAGCCAUAUAUUUUAACAAAGCUAAACGUAAAUAAUAUUUAUAUACUGUAUUAUGCAUCAGCCAUAUUUUACUCAAGGAAAAAAGACAUAGAUCUAUAAAUGUGCAGUAAUAUUUGUUUGUCAUGUGUAAUAGUGAUAUCUGAAUGUAUUUUUAGAUCUCAGACUGCAGUAAUUGUUUUUAAAUGAAUAUUCUGUACUGUAUUGUGUAAUGUGUCAAAAGUAUUUUAAAACUUCCUCACUGUGCAUCACAUGUUGUACGCUUCUUCAUGCCUAUUCAGUAGGAAAGCACAGAUAGGGUCUUCCUGAAAUAUUUCCCUUUUUAACUAACCAUCGCCACACCACACGUUAAAGACCUAACAGUAACUUUCCUCAAGAUGGCUGCAUUUGAAAGAAUUUGUAGAUGAUGGAAUGGCCUUGUAGGGGACUAACUUAAUUCUAAGGAUAAGGGCACCACUACCUGUCUUGCUCCUAAGAGUUCAAGAUUUUUUGUCAAAUGUUCAGGUCACAGCAGAAGGUCAGUGUUUGAUUUGCAACAAGCAUUUUAUGUAUAGUACCACAUUAUAGGUAAAAUAAUUAUUGGUACAUUGUCUUUCUUAUCAAGAUAACUGAUGCUUGCUGGCAGAGUUAUUUUAUACGAUAGAAUUAGUAAAGAGAAGCAUAAUUAAUGGCCUCUACUUAUGGAGGAGUACUUAUAAGAACUUUAUAGGAGUACUGUACUGUAAAUUUAAUAUGGAUAUCACCAUUACUAAAAAUAUUAGCCUGAAAAUUAAAGAACCUAGCCAUUUUAUAAACUGAAAGUGUCAUUGUAAGAUGUGUGUUAAAUGUGGGGACAACUUGAGGUUCAGUAUGCAGGCUAACAAGAUUUCUGUUUUCAUUUUUACCCAUUACUCCUCUAGUAUCAUGCAUAUUGUGUUUAUUAAGAAAAACUAAAUAUUUUAAAAGAAAAACACGAAAGUUUUUAUAAGAGUUUCAUAAUUGUUUAAAUUUGUGUAAGAAUGUCAACAUAUUAUACCUGUAUACAGGAGACUUUAUAAUCAUCAGUCUUUCUUGAUAGCUGAAAAUAAUAAAAUUAAAUAAUAAUAAUAAUAAUAAUAAUAAUAAUAAUAAUAAUAUAGGUUUACAGUUGGCUAGGGAUGUAUGUAAACUAUUUAGUUAUACAGUUCAGCAUGAAUAUAGGUAAUGUAGGUACAGUAUAUGAUGCAUGUACUGUAGGCUGUGGGAGUAUGCAGUUUCCUAUGUGCCUAGACAAUACAGGUAUACAACAAUGGUAAACAGUAAAGUAAUUUGGCCAAUGAUAACCAACAAGCUAUCAGGUAGUUAUUUCCAGGAGGGUCCUUUGUACAGAAACAUAUUGGUGAAUGAUAAGCUAAUUCAGAUUUCACCAGAUUGGAAUUAAAGAUGUCUGUCUACAGUAUAUGAUGUGAGGUGGUACAGCCUUUUGUGUAUGUACUGUAUGUAAUAUUGUACUCAUGGGCGGUCAUUAAUACUUAAUGCUGUGGUAGAUAUAUGUUAACUUUAUGUACGGUAUAUUGAUAUGAAAACUAUUCAGUAUCAGAUAAAUUGAAAGCCAAAGGCAAGAUUCAUUUUACAGUACUGUACAAUAGUUUUGGGUGUUACACGUUUUUUAUUUUAAUUUGGCCAUGAAAUAAUUGAGCUUCCAAGACAGAGUUACUCAGUUUUUCUAGUUUUAUUAAGACUUCAUAAUUUAUUUUGUGCUGUGUAGAAGUUUAACUUUAAUGGUUGUUGUAAUGCCUGGGCUUGUGGCUGUCUGUAGUAUCUGCAGUUUGUUUGUCUUUGGAAUUCAUAUUUCUGACACAAUUCAUUGUUAAGUGAUUCAAAAUGAUGUGCAUGGUUAGAUUUUUAUCUAUGAUAUUAUUUAUUUAUUUUUUAAAGUAUUACAUCUCUGACCAGGAUUGUAAUACCAUAAGCUUCUCUCUCUGCUUCCAGGGUACAUACAGGAAAUGAAAAGUUGAUGAGUUAAAAGUAUCAGUAGUCAGCAGAGUUACGCACAACAUACGAGUCUUCAAUCUGAACGCUCACAAUACUGCCGCUGUAUUCAUACACUGCCCUCUCACUUACCCUCUCACUUAACACGGGUUUGUUAAACUCGGAUUCACUUGAACACUUCUUUCUUUUUGUUUUUAACUAUAGUAUCAUUUAGCACGGGGCUAAAAUUUGCUUUAACGUGGGUUGAGCUGGACGAACUCGAUCGGGUAAAAAUUUUUUUGGGCCAGCGGUCAAGUACAUUACAGUCCAUUGGUAGCAUCCCCAUGUCUUGUGGGUUAGAGUUCAGCUAGUGCUCAGUCCGGCCACAUCCAAAACUUUGCGUGGUUUAACUUCAGUUUUUUUUGCUAACUUUCAUCACCAUGGCUCCACCUAAAUGUUCUCUGAGUGCCCCUCUGCCUAGGGAUGCUCCAGCAAAGAAGAGCAAGACCAAAUUUACUUUAGAAAGUAAGUUGGACAUUCUUCAGUGACCUGAUAGAAUGAAGACGAUCCACCUAAUGACGUCUCCACACAGUUGUUAACCUCCAACCAACAUCCUACACCACCAUCAUUCUUCAUAACCCUUCUUAAGAAAAUCAACACUCGUAGGUCAAAAACAUAAAAUGAAUGUAAACUUUUCUUCGUGCACCAGCGAGAUUAAGCAUGAGUUAAUGUUACAGUAUGGUUAUUUUUCAACUCGUAAUUUCAAGUUGAUAGACUUAACUUUUUUUUAUUCAUUUACAUCCUACAUACAGAAUGGGCAAGAAAAAUAAAAUAAUGUAAUUUUUCUGGGAACACAACCCCCAUGUUAAGUGAGGUGGGCGGUGUACAGUACUUUAUUAAGCCACUCAACCGUCAUUCUUUACUGUAUUGGGGGACUUAUGUGUCCUGGACCUUAUAUAUAAAUUGCUGCUCUAUGAUGCAGUGUUAUGGAUAGUUUACUGUAGUUUAUAAUGCUUGAAUGAUGCAUUUUGUACAUUAUGCUUUUAUAUGACAUAAUGUACCUUUUAACUGAUUUAUGUGACAUAAUGUAUUUUUUAACUGAGAGCUUACAUUUUUUAUUGUAAAUUAAUGUACAAGGAAUUAGUAAUUGUCAGUUAAUGUACUUUUUUAAAUUUUUUACAACUUCCUCCAAAUGUGUGAGAGAUCCAUAAAGCUUUUUAUACUUUGUUAACUUUUAUUGUGUCUACAGUAUAAUUGGUUUUGUUCUUUUAUGUAUUGGAGAUUCUCUUAUGUUUAAAUCAGACCCACCUUAAUGUUGUUCACUGCUUAUGUGGGAUUAAUGUACAAACUUGAUUACCACUGAGGUAUAUCAACACUACAAUGAUCAGUAGUAAAAGCAGUGCUGUUGAUAUGAAUUUAGGAAGUACUGUACAGAGUCAUGGUAAUCAAAAGGUUCAAUAAAUGUUGCAGGAUAUUUGUAACGAAGCCACUGUAAUGUGUUUGGUAAUGAUCAGAGGCUCAAUGACAGUGAGGUGGGAAUACAACAACUCAUUGCAAUGUUUAGGAAAGAUUGUAUUUAAUAUGUAACCUGAAAUGUUUUAGGAUAAUUUGUACAGUACAUAUGACCUGAAAAUUUAAGGAUGAUUCUCCUGGUACCCUGAAAUGUUUUGGGAAGAUUUUAUUUGUGAUCUGAAAUGUUUUGAACAAAUUAUACAUGUGACUGAAACCUUAAGAAAUUGCUAUGCACUGUACUUGGACCCCACUAUAGCCAUGGGGGUAACAGCCUGACAGUACUGUAUACAGAUUGCUACAUUACUGUACGUGUAUAUAUAUUUAUACAGUAUCGUAAUUUAUUAUUUUAACCUUCCCCCCCCCCCCCCCAAAUAAUUUCUGCAUUCAUGUACGCCAAUUGAUGUAUGUCAUAUGAACAGUAUUACAUUGCCACUUCCCCUCCGAGCCUGUACAGUUGAUCGUAUUGUACACUGUAAGUCUUUGGGGAUCACUGAAGAUUAUCCUCCAGCUUAUUUCAUCUCAAGAUCAAAUAUCCUAAUCUAACUGUAACUUUACCUUACCUAACCUAACCUAACUUUACCUAGCACUAACCUUACCUUACACUAAGUAACUUUACCUUACCUAACCUAACCAAACCUAACUUUACCUAGCACUAACCUUACGUUACACUAACCUUGCCUAACAAUAACCUAACCUAACUUUACCUAGCACUAACCUUACCUUACACUAACCUUACCUAGCACUAACCUUAACAAACUGAAUACUGUACUAAUCUAUUCUAACCUUUCCUAACCCAACUCUCCCAGGUAGCAUAAAAGGUGUUUAAUCAUCAAGUGAAAUAAACUGGGGGUGUUAAUCUACAGUUGAUCCAUCUUUGAAACCUUGUGUAUUUGUCAUAUUCUUCCAUCUGUGCUUAACAAAAUACCCAAGGUUGUAGUCCAUAUGUAGGAACUGGUUAGUCAGCAAUGUUGAAUGAAUGUAUCGGGACCUUGUGUGUAUGUGUGUAAAAAUUAACUGUAUAUAACAACUGGGGAAUGUCGAGAUUUGGAAUAAAAUGAAGUGAAUAUU